CCUAAUGGGGCUCAUCUCUGAUCUCACACUUUAAGUCUCCCAGAAUUCAGGCGAUCUGGUGCAGAAGACCGAUCCAGUAAAUUAACCCGUCCCUAGUUGUCGCAAAUUUGCUUCUUUACUGUGGAAUUGGCAAAGGACCACGAUGGAGCUAGUUAGUGCAGACAUCAGAAACUGGUGGAAGGCAUGGGACUUGCGGUUGGUUGUCCUCUUCAGCGGCCUCCUGCAGGUAAUACUUGUCAUCACGGGCAGCCGAAGGAAGUCCAUUAAUAAAUCCCCCCUUAAAGCCUUAGUGUGGUCCAUCUACCUAACUGCUGACUCGGUCGCAACUCUUGCCCUGGGCAUCCUCUCGAACCGGCUAGCAAACAUCAAGGAGGCGACCGGGAAGAUUGAUCCCAAUGACCAGCUCAUCGCGUUCUGGUCCCCAUUCCUCUUGCUCCACCUCGGUGGCCCCGACACAAUCACGGCAUACUCCUUGGAAGACAACGAGUUGUGGCUCCGUCACUUUGCUCGGCUGGUCGUGCAGACCGGGCUGGCAUGCUACAUAUUUUUCCUGGCCCUGACGGGGUCCCCCCUCUCAGUCCUGGCCUCGGUCAUGAUCGUCGUGGGGUUCAUCAAGUACGGAGAGCGGACCCUAUCCCUAUACUUGGCUAGCAAGGACCAGCUGCAAGACUCCAUGCAAACUCCUCCUGAAUCGGGUCCCAUAUAUCCCAGAAUAGUGGAACAGCACAGCUUGAGUAGAGAAGAAGGGUACAACGUGUCGGUUGAUAGGGUUAUCGAGGUUCAGGCACCAGAAGACCUUUCCACUGAUGGGGAUGUUCAUGACGAGAAGGCAAGCGAUCUGCUCAAGGCCUCCAGCCUCUUCCAGAUCUUCAAUCUCCUCUUUGUCGACCUGAUCUUGAGCCUCAGUGAUCUCGGCAGCAGUAAGUCCAUGUUCAAGGACAUGGCCUCUGAAAAUGCAUUCAGGAUAAUUGAGAUUGAGCUCAGUUUCAUGUUCGACAUUCUGUACACUAAAGGGAUAAUCCUAUACAAACGUUGGGGUAUCCUUGGGCGCAUUAUAACUCUUUGUUUAACCUGUGGUGUGCUCGUGUUUUUCUUCGUGGCUGAGUGGAAGAACUACACGAGAGUCGAUAUAUGCGUAACUUUCUCUCUUCUUGGCAUAGCUAUUCUGCUGGAGAUAUACAGCAUCUUGCUAAUGGUUUCAUCCGAUUGGGCAAGGGUGUGGGCUCUCAGAAACCGAAAUCGAUAUGAAGCUAAGGUCAUUGAUUCUCUUCAGUUUUGCCGACAACCCAGGUGGUCGAACACAGUGGCACAAUUUAGCCUUCUGCGGCUGUCUCUUAGCCAAAAACCUUGGAUACUCCAGAACUCGCCAAAGCUAGCAAAGUUCUAUGGGAAGCUGCAAAUAUACUUCAAUAUAUCCUACAAGCCCUUCCAGAACAACAUGAAGGAGUGGAUUUGCAGCCAUCUGAAGGAGAAAGCGGAACUGCUCAAUCCUUCCAACAUAAGGGGGGCUGACGUUAGGACGGUGUCUUCAGUUUAUGAAGCUGGUGGUAUCCUCCGAAAGAAGAACCACCACGAAAUGACAUGGAGCACCGACAACAUCGAGUUCGACCAGAGCAUCCUCAUCUGGCACAUCGCCACCGAGCUCUGCCAUUUCUAUGACCGGAAAAGGAUGCGCGAGAGGCACGGUGAAGCCAUGACGAACUACAAGGUGAGCAAGAUAGUCUCGAGGUACAUGCUUUAUCUCCUCGUGAUGCACCCUUCUAUGGUACCAACAGGGAUAGGCCAGCUGCGCUAUGCGGAUACCUCGCUUGAGGCUAAGAAGUAUUUCGAAGACCAAAGGUCUAGGUCGACGAAGCAGGACACGGAGAAUAAAGCAGCCUUGGCUAGGUGGCUUGACAAAAUAUUGAAAAGGAAGCGGGAGAGCGAGAGCGAGAAGAAUUGCUCGUGCAGUGAUGUGUUGCACAGGUCAGCCAAGUCACGGGCUCUCUGCGAAGCUUGCCACUGGUUGCUCGAUGUGAACACCGAGCUCCCUCCACACCACACCAAGGGUGAGAAGAGCAAGUCAGUUCUAUUCGAUGCUUGUGAGCUCGCAUCACAACUGAAGAAAAUCGAUGGUCCAAGGAAGAGAUGGUCAUUGAUCAGCAAGGUGUGGGCAGAGGCGCUUCUGUUUGCGGCUUGCCACUGUGGAGGGUACCAGCACGCAAAGAGACUGAGCAAAGGAGGAGAGCUUUUGAGCCAUGUUUGGCUUCUUAUGGCACACUUAGGCAUCUCCGAGCAAGUGCGAACCUCUGAAGGCCAUGCCAUCGCGAAGCUACUCAGGAAGUAAUGCGAUUUGACAAUGGAAGAAUAACACGAAUAAUAAGUUUUCCCUUACUUUUUUCGACUUUCGAUCCCAAUGCUUAACAUAUUUGGCAUUUUUAUGUAAGAGGUCAUUGUUGGGAA